GAAGUGUCUGCAGUGUUUGAUCGUGUUUACAAACGCGCUUUCUUUGAUUUAUACGGUGUGUUAUCGGUGAAAUCGUUAGUGCUACAAUACAGUAUGUUUCCACUCCACGGCCGUAUCUACGCGGACUGCAAGCGCGAUUUGGUAUUGGAGUUGCUAGAAAAGUUAAAAUCCAAGAAGAAAAAUGAGCGAUCUGAGGCGCCAUGCGUACGUGUUGAAGAACGCUGCGAACCGUUGUUUCACUUCUUUCCCCGGGAAUCUGAACCGGAACCAUUUGGGAUGUUCUCGACGUGGAAAUGUCUGAAGACGAAGAAAAGCUCGAAGAAAUUGUGCCUAGCAGUGGUCUUUCGAAAAAAGGACCCGAUAGGGACGAACUCGAAGUGUGUGGGGCCCCGGACGAUUUGACCGACCUUCCAGAAGACGUUCAGCUAAACAUUUCGAAGAUUAAGGAGGCGCUACACUCAUGCGACGAGACGAAUAUUCGCACAGCUGACCUGUCCUUCAUGGUUUCUGCAAAACCAGAGACGGUCGCAGCUGUUUGUGAUGAACUCGAGACAGACGCUAUAGCUGACGCAAAAAUGCAGCUACUGUUGCGUUCAUUUUCAGAGUUGAAAUCGGAGAUGAGCCUCAUCAAUGGUGUCGUUUUCGUGAAGUGCGCACUCCUGCCUAAGGUUGCUAACUUGGAAGAAGGCACUGCAGCACGUUCUCUCAUAGAUUCAAUCACAGCCUUCGCACAAGGAAUGCCACAUGUGACAGUUGAAGGCCUUCUAGUCCCAUUGGUUUCUGCUGAGAGCAUGGGCAAGGCACAGACUGAUGUUGUACAGACACUUAUCAAAGAAGGAAUACCGAAAGACUAUGCUGCAAUGUGCUUGAGGAGAAUGCUGCAAGAGUCAAGGACCUGUAUUGAAACCAACGUCACCUUUGUUCACAUAUUAAUCCUCAAGAGGGGUCCACUGGAAAGUGUGUUCGCAGAACUAGUCAACUGGCUUGCUAGUGUCAAAGAUGAAAGAAGUACGGACAGCAAGUUUUCAAAGCUGCUAAUGGAUUUCGUCAGCUUUUAUGGCCCACAGAUGUCAUCUGCUUGUUUGGACAGCGUUGUGAAAGUUGUCAGUGCAAAUAGGACAUUGCUGAAGGAAGCCAAUCCAGAACAUGCUCACGAAACUUACUGCGUGAAUGCACACCUAAGAUAAGAUGCAUGCUGCUUAUCAUAGCACUGAUGUGACCUUGGCCAUGUUAUUGCACUAUGCACUGCAUUAUAUUAGCUGUUAUUUAUUUUAGAAAAUCUUUAUUUAUAUACAAAUGUAAUAAAAAGCAAAGACCUAUUGCGUACAA